AGAAAGAGAGAGCACAAUUAGAAAUGAACUUCCCCAGUUAAUCACUCCACUCCUCUCACGCUUGCGCAACGUCAAAGGACAAACACAAACACAAUUUUGCCUUCUUUCUCUCCUUUCCUUUCCCUACCUUAGUUUCUUGAUAAGGAUUUGAUGAUGAGGCAUCCAUCUCCAAGUGUAACGCUCGUCCUUUAGUAUUUACACAAAAAAGUUACGUGUCCAAUUCACGCUUCCAUUCUAUAUAUACCCUCCUCUUCCUCUUCCACUUCCACAUCCACCAAACCAAAUCCUCUCUCGACCCUUAAAUUCCUCUCCUCCAAUCGCACAACAGAUCCCAUUCUCUCUUUCUUCCGUAAGAUCCCAAUGGCGACUGCCAACGGCCACUCCCCGCCGGCCUCCAGAUGGUCUCUCCACGGCAUGACCGCUCUCGUCACCGGCGGCACUCGCGGCAUCGGGAGUGCAACUGUGGAGGAACUAGCUGGGCUGGGGGCCAAGGUCCACACGUGCUCGCGCAACGAGUCCGAGCUCAACGACUGCCUACAGCAAUGGAAAGCAAAGGGCCUCUCCGUUUCCGGGUCGGUCUGCGACGUGUCGUCGGCGUCCGAGAGGGAGAAGCUCGUCCAUGAAGUGGCCUCGCUCUACAAUGGCGCGCUCAACAUCCUCGUGAACAACGUCGGGACGAAUGUCAGGAAGCCCACAACAGAGUAUUCGACGGAAGAAUACCUGAGACUGAUGUCCGUUAAUCUGGAAUCAUCGUACCAUCUCUGCCAGCUGGCACACCCGCUUCUCAAGCAGUCCGGUGCCGGGUCCGUCGUGUUCGUAUCGUCGGUGGGCGGCGUUCUCCACAUUGGCAGCGGCUCCAUUUAUGGCCUCUCCAAAGGUGCAAUCAAUCAGCUGACCAAGAAUCUGGCUUGUGAGUGGGCGAAGGACAACAUCAGGACCAACUGCGUCGCUCCAUGGUACACCAGAACUUCUCUCGUCGAGCAUGUAAGUUAAUCAAUGGCCCUCCCUAACAAACCAACCGCUUUCAUGGCCAUGGCUAUUUCUCUGUUUUCAAUUUUGGGUUUUGCAGCUGCUGGAGAAGAAGGAUUUCUUGCAGCAAAUAGUGGCGAGAACGCCGCUCCAGAGGAUCGGAGAGCCGAACGAAGUGUCGAGCUUGGUGGGGUUCCUGUGCAUGCCGGCGGCUUCCUACAUCACCGGACAAGUGAUCUCUGUGGAUGGAGGAAUGACAGUGAAUGGCUUCAACCCUCCAAUCAACCUAGACUGAGACAAACUGGCAGCCUUUUCUUAAUCAAAUGUGAUUGCAUUCUGCAUUUGCAUUGUAGGUAUUCUAGGUAUAUUGGGGAUUCAAAUUAGCUAGUAAUUCCUAGUUUUAAUCAUUAUAUACUGUACACCGCAAUUAUGAAUAAAAAAAAAAUGUCUCUACGUCAAUCUCAGUUGUUUGUUUGGUGGGAAGAUGAUGAUUGGGAUGGAUGAUCCGACUCAUUCACCCCAUCCUCAAGCAAGCUCAUAAAUUGAAAGCUGUAAUACAAAUUUUCAUCAGUGAAAUGACUCAUGAGUCAUGAGCGUAGUUGUAAAA